UGUUUCUGCGGGUGCUGGACGAGGUGGAUAGCAGCCGGAUAGAAAUCUAUAAAGAUGGCCUCAGCAAACGCGACCUACGGGCAGAAGGAGUCUUCGGACCAAAACUUUGACUACAUGUUCAAAAUCCUCAUCAUCGGCAACAGCAGCGUGGGAAAAACCUCCUUCCUGUUCCGCUACGCCGACGACUCCUUCACGCCGGCCUUCGUCAGCACGGUGGGCAUCGACUUCAAGGUGAAGACCAUCUACAGGAACGACAAGAGGAUCAAGCUACAGAUCUGGGACACGGCGGGGCAGGAGCGUUACCGCACCAUCACCACGGCCUACUACCGCGGCGCCAUGGGCUUCAUCCUCAUGUAUGACAUCACUAACGAGGAGUCCUUCAACGCCGUGCAGGACUGGUCGACUCAGAUCAAGACGUACUCGUGGGAUAACGCCCAGGUGCUGCUGGUCGGGAACAAGUGUGACAUGGAGGACGAGCGGGUGGUGGGCGGGGACCGAGGCCGGCAGCUGUCUGAACACCUGGGUUUUGAGUUCUUCGAGGCCAGUGCGAAGGACAACAUCAACGUGAAGCAGACGUUUGAGCGUCUGGUCGACAUCAUCUGUGAAAAGAUGUCUGAGAGUCUGGACGCCGGAGAUCCGGCCGUCACGGGGGCCAAACAGGGGCCCCAGCUGACAGAGCAGCCCGCCCCUCCUCACCAGGACUGUGCAUGUUAAAGCUGACUGCUGCCCCCAUAAACCCUCCUCUUCCUCCUCUUCCUCCUCCAGCUGGACCCCGGGGCCUCGGGUCACUCCUCCAUCACCCUCCUCACUCACUCUCCUUCUUCUUCUCUAUCAGUAAGAUCGUUAGCUGAGGGCCACAAAAACCAGGUUACAAGAGUCUGAAAUGCUGUGAGAGUCUAGUGGACCAGGCGUCUGGUUUCUCCUCAUCAAAGAGCUGCAGGUGUUUGUUUUUUUAUCAGCAGGAGUUGGUCUGAUGCCAAAACUAGUUCAGUCACAGUGUUUCAGACUCUUCCAGACCAGGUUCUUGGAGGGUCCUGAUCCAGCUUCUGUAGUCUCCCUGUUCCUCCGUGUGGUUUUACCAGAAGGAUUUGACGGAGUGCCAUUUCAAUCCUUCAGUGUUUACAGUUCUUAGUUUCAUGGCGGCGUGUGACCGGUGACCGCGAGGCCUCGAGGCGUUAAAGAUGGAGGAUCCAGCUGGAGUCCGCUCCGUUCUGAUAUGUUACGUUUCUUUAUGAUUCUGGAUGCACACAGAGUCAAACAUAGUUUCUUUUCUCACCUGCUGUCUAAUCAUAGAUAUCACAGGUGUUAGCAAGUGUUUUUCAUUAUUCAUCGAAGCCUUUUCAUUUGGCCUUUUUUUUUUUUUUUUUACGUUUUUGUAUCCUGGUUCCCCAUUUAUUCUUUCAUCACUGGAAAAUAUGAACAAGAUAGAGCUACGUUUAAAAAAAAGCAAAAAAUUAAGAGACACGUUUUAUUUAAUUAUAUUUAUUUCAAAUGUACAUAUAAAUGUUGUGCAAUAUAUAUAAUAUCUACAGGUAUGCAUUUCUUGAAAUGAGUUUAAAAAGGUAUGAAGUUCUAUGAGGAUCGUAUCAAAUAUCAGAGCUCCGUGUUGUUGGUUUGUGUGGAUGAUGUGUGGAUUGUUUGUUGGCUCCAUUUCUCUCCGUUUGGUCAAAUGUCAGAAAUUUUAACUUCCUGCUUCGAAAAAAAUUCCGGUGGAAUGAAGCUUUAAGUCUGGAUUACAAGUUGGAAAAAGACUAAUAAAUGUUUGUCAUCCUCCAAAUCCUCUCAGUGGGAUUUCCACUGCUGCUGCUGAUGUGAAGCUCUAAAAUGUGAAAUGUUGAUGCUGCAGCAUUUUACAACAAGCUAAUCUUGUUGAGCUGAAAUGAUAAAAUGAUUAUAACAGCAACAAUUUCUGACUCCAGCAGCAAACUUUUAUUCUUCGUCUCCCUGAUAGCUUUGGAAUAUCUCAGCCAGUCCUUCAAAUGAUUUAUCAUUCUCUAAAACACAUAAAAAGGGUUUGGAGGAUGCAAACACUGUUGGUUUGUUGGAAUUUUUUAUGGUAUUUUGCCUUUUAUCUGAUCGUUUGAAACAUCAGGAGAAAAUCAGACUCAGUGGUUUUUAUGUUUCCUUGUUAAGUGACAAACAGCCCGACAGUAAGCAGCUUCAGCAUCAGUAUUACAGAGUGUCUGCGUGUUUGUGUGAUGAUUUCUCAGUCUUCAGGUGACGAACGGACAGCACUGUUAACGAGCAUCAGACAUGAUCUGUUAACGAGCAUCAGACAUGAUCUGUUAACGAGCAUCAGACGUGAUCUGUUAACGAGCAUCAGACGUGAUCUGUUAACGAGCAUCAGACAUGAUCUGUUAACGAGCAUCAGACGUGAUCUGUUAACGAGCAUCAGACGUGAUCUGUUAACGAGCAUCAGACGUGAUCUGUUAACGAGCAUCAGACGUGAUCUGUUAACGAGCAUCAGACAUGAUCUGUUAACGAGCAUCAGACAUGAUCUGUUAACGAGCAUCAGACGUGAUCUGUUAACGAGCAUCAGACGUGAUCUGUUAACGAGCAUCAGACGUGAUCUGUUAACGAGCAUCAGACGUGAUCUGUUAACGAGCAUCAGACGUGAUCUGUUAACGAGCAUCAGACGUGAUCUGUUAACGAGCAUCAGACGUGAUCUGUUAACGAGCAUCAGACGUGAUCUGUUAACGAGCAUCAGAUGUGAUCUGUUAACGAGCAUCAGACAUGAUCUGUUAACGAGCAUCAGACAUGAUCUGUUAACGAGCAUCAGACGUGAUCUGUUAACGAGCAUCAGACAUGAUCUGUUAACGAGCAUCAGACGUGAUCUGUUAACGAGCAUCAGACGUGAUCUGUUAACGAGCAUCAGACAUGAUCUGUUAACGAGCAUCAGACGUGAUCUGUUAACGAGCAUCAGACGUGAUCUGUUAACGAGCAUCAGACAUGAUCUGUUAACGAGCAUCAGACGUGAUCUGUUAACGAGCAUCAGACAUGAUCUGUUAACGAGCAUCAGACAUGAUCUGUUAACGAGCAUCAGACGUGAUCACAUACCAGCUGGCUGCUCAUUAUAACUCUAGUUUAGAGUCAAUCAAAGGAUUAAAUAUGUUGUUCUGAGGUGCUUCUCAUUUCUGCUAACAGCUGUUUUUGACUCAUUGUGGGCUAUUACCCCCCCCCCCCAUCCCCCCCACACCAAACACUUGGUGCACUUGUUUUAAUAUAGUUUCCACUCCUUCUUUCCUCUUCACCAGCGAUUUCUGUAGAAGCAGCUGGCUGUUAGUGAUGGAGGAAGCCAGAAUGAGCAGAGUGACCCAGUUUAAAACUAAUAAAACAAGUGAACAUUUGGGAUACAGGAUUUAUUGCCAUGUAUCACCUUUUCUCAGCCACAUCUCAUGUCCCCAAAGGAAAACUUUAGUCAGCUUCUGUUUCACCUGAUAAGUUUUCAGUCUGUUUAUCUCACUGAAAAGACGACUGACACUGUUAGUAUUAAGUCCACAUGGUCCAUGUUAAUUAUACUGGAUCCAACAUGUGUUCAGGCGUUUUGCACCAUACGACUGAGACAAAGAGCCACUUCAGCAACUGACACGUUUUGAAAGUAAAUUACUGUUAAUCUCAAUGUUGCACCUUCUAGUGGACUGAAAAGCAAUGGAUUUUAUUAUUCUACUGCCAAAAAGUACAUUUGCAAUAUUAAUAGUGAAUAUACUCUGCAUCUGUUGUAUCGAUUUAAUAUCGCCCUGCAAAAUAUGGUGAUAGUGUGCUGUAUGGAGUUCUUCCCCACCCGUAUA